GUCUAUGCGUGUGUGUUCCGUCACACCUCAAGUCAGUGCGUCUGACCUUUUUAAAGACGUACUAUGCCAAGACCAAUAAGCAGGCAUUGGUCUUCUUAGAGGGUCGUCCAGGAUGGCUAGAUGGAACCCUGCCGGCCUUGCAACAGGUGCCAUUCCAUAAGCUGCAGGAGCCCUAGGAAGGGCAGGAGUCAACGGGACCCGGGGCCAGCCCUUGGCCAGAAAAGGCAGCCACGGUGGGCCAGAAGGGCAGAAGAGGACUGUCCAUGCCGACUGUUUAUGAAGUGGGGAAACAGUACCCGGAGACGCAGUACCCUGACAGACCCCUUCCAAUGUCCCAACAUGAGACAUCUCCGACAGCACUGCGACGGGCCAGCAACCACCGACGGGCCAACCCCUGCUGCCUUUGCUGGUGUUGCUGCUGCAGUUGCUCGUGGAAUGAAGAUCGUGAGCGGGCGUGGAGGGCGUCACGAGACACCAAACUGGAGACCAUCCCAAACUGUGAAUCCUGCGCCAAGCCAACCACCGAGGAAAUCAAGGGCUGGUCCCAGUCAUUUGACAAGUUGAUGAAAAACCCGGCCGGCAGAAACGUGUUCCGGGAGUUCUUACGGACUGAGUACAGCGAGGAGAACAUGCUGUUUUGGCUGGCUUGCGAGGAACUCAAAAGCGAGUGUAACAAGCACGCCAUCGACGAGAAGGCCCGGAUCAUCUACGAAGAUUACAUCUCCAUCCUCUCGCCCAAGGAGGUCAGCCUGGACUCCCGUGUGCGCGAAGGCAUCAACCACAAGAUGCAGGAGCCGUCGACGCACACCUUCGACGACGCGCAGCUACAGAUCUACACGCUCAUGCACAGAGACUCCUACCCCCGUUUUCUGAACUCCGCCAUAUACAAAGCGCUGCUCCAGAGCCUCUCCCGGUCAUCCUCGGAGUCCUAAGCCCCACCACCACCAGGCUGGGGUGGGGAGACGAAAAAGGGCGUGACGGUUCUCCUUUCAUACAGCAGGUGUUAAUUUUAAAAAAAAAUAUAUGGAUCUC